AUGGCUAUGUUCGUCGUUUCUGGCAGGCUAGGUAUACCUUCAAAUAGCCGGAGUGAAACUCUAACUAAAACCGAUCACAGUGAGGACCACAGAGGCACUCCUGAGGCCCCCGGGCGUGUCGUCACUUUGAUCGAGAGAUCUUACUGGGAACAGCUAACUGAUAGUCACGACUCUGCUCCAGAGCGAGUUUGGGGGGUUGCAUACCGUAUCAUUCCCGAGAAAGUAACCGAAGUCAAGGAGUAUCUCGAUAUCCGCGAGAUCAACGGUUACACCAUUCACCACGCUCCAUUCCAUCCUGCCGAUAGCUCUCCCCCUAUUCGUACUCUGGUCUACAUCGGCACCCCAGAUAAUGAGCAAUUUGUCGGCCCUCAGGACCCCCAGGAGCUCGCCGAGCACAUCUUCCGCAGUCAAGGCCCCAGCGGCCUGAACAAAGACUACCUGUUGAGCCUCGAUACCGCCCUCAGCGAGCUUGCUCCCGAUAGUGGCGAUCAUCACAUCCAUGACCUGGCCCGCCGUGUCAGGGAACUUGAGAAGUAUUGUGAGGAUGAAACUAAACUCCUCAACCCGACGACCUUAGUCCAUCAACAAAAGCACAGUACCGAGGAGGCAGAAGAAAUAGAAGAGCCACAUCACUAG